AUGUCUGGGCUGCACCUCUGGGCCCCAUGGCCCCUGUUUAUGGGGCAGCUGUUGAAGCUGCUGGUCCAGGCAGCUCAACCUUCAGACUUAGCCCUGGACCCUGUCCUGCUGACCUCCAUCCCCGCGGGCCCGACCGAGCCCUGGCCUUUGGAUCAGCAAAACCCCCCACCUGAGCCUUCAGAUGCCUUUAAAGAGGGUGAAUCUCGAUUACUCCAACAAGCAGCCUCGGCUCUGCCUACAGAAGCCUCUGAGGAAGUGAAACAUCCUCCAGCCCUUCGGGAGGCCUCAGCUCAGCGAGCAGAAGCCACUUCCACCCAGGAGGAGACAUCAGCUCAGUUUCCACCCCAACAAGGGGCCCCGGCUCAGUCUACAGCGUCCUCUGAGCCAUUGAAACCUUUGUCAGCCCACCAAGGAAUUCCAGGUCAGCAUCCCAUCCCCGCUGAAAAUGUUGAAUCUUCGAGCCAGCGGGCGAGCUCACUUCCGCCUCAAGUGCCUCUUGCUGGCGUAGAACCUUCUCCAGUCCAUCAGACGGGUGGAGCUCAGCCUCCAAAACCCUCUGUAGAUGUUGCAGUUCAACCUUCGGUCCAUCGUGAGGUGGCAGACUCACCUGCGGGUGCGCGUGAAGCUCAGCAUCCAGUGUUGUCCCACGUUAAUGUGAAAGAUGUCGCUCUGGGGGUUUUGGUAUCUCCAGAGUCCACGAAGGAGAUGGAACUAUUUGUCACUGGGCAGGAGGUCUCAGAUCAUCCUCCAAAGUCGGCUGAGGAAGUCAAAGCUCCAGCCCAGCAGGCGAUCCCGCCACCGCCCCCUGAGAAGAUAGAGUCAUCUCCAUUGCAGCAGGAGAGCCCAGCUCAGCCCACUCUGGGUGCCUCAGCCCUGCAGCGGACUGCAGCUCCUCCACAGCACCCCGAGGCGACACUUCCACACCCAGAGACUGCGCAGGCUCUGCAGCCAACCUCGGCUGAAAGCACUGUUCUACCUUCGGGCCUGGAAGUUCUAGUAACUCAGCCACCAGAGUCACCUGAGACAGUUCCUCCAGAGACUGGACAGAGUGCCACCGUGAGCAUAUGUGAGCUCUGUGUCUGCAAUUUUGGGACGCUCUCCUGUAUCGGUCUCCGCCCAAAUGAGAGGCUCCUCAGAGUGCCUGUGCCAGAGCCCAACGCCUACAAGGGCACCUUCUCAAUCUUAAACUUGCAAGGAAACUUAAUUUCUUACAUCAAUAAAGAUACAUGGAAGUCAUACCAUUUGGUUUCAAAACUAAAUCUCAGUGGAAAUAAUUUGAGAAAAUUACAAAAAGAUUCAUUUGAAGGCCUGCUUUUCCUUCAGUAUUUAGAUUUAUCCUGCAAUAAAAUACAAUUUAUUGAAAGGAAUACAUUUGCAUCACUACCUUUUUUGCAGUAUAUAAAUCUUGGUUGCAAUUUAAUCACAAAAGUGAGGUUUGGAACAUUUCAGGCCUGGCAUGGAAUGAAGUUUUUACACAAGUUAAUUCUCAAUCGGAAUCCUCUGACAACUGUUCAAGAUCCAUAUCUUUUUAAAUUGCCAGCAUUAAAAUAUUUAGACAUGGGAAGGACACACGUGUCACUUAUAACAGUUGGGAGCGUCCUCAUGAUGACUCCUCAACUGGAAAAAUUGAUCUUACCUAGCCAUUUGACCUGCUGCCUCUGCCAAUUUAAAAAUAAUAUUGAGACUGUUGCCAAGACAGUCAAACUGCAGUGUGAUACUGAAUGUCUGAAAAAUAUACCUUGUGACGAAGAGCUGCUUAUAGAAGGACCGUUCAUGAAAAUACUGCAAGGCCGGAAGAACACCAGCACGGAGCUGACGGUUGAGCCAGAGGGGGCAUCCUCCGACAGAAAUGGAGACCGUGCAUCAUCCCUAACACGCCCCCUGACGAAGCUGCUCAGUAAACAGCAAGAAGAGAACGUCUCCAAGGCAGAGCAGGCUACGGAUCAAUGGAAAAAGCCAAGGCUGGGAGCUCUGGGUGAAUGGGAAGAGGAGGAGCCCAAUGAGCUCACAAAAGAAGUGCCAGGAUAUGGCCAUAACAACAAUCUCAUCGUGGCAAUAACUGUGAUUGUAGUAACAAUAACUUUUAUUGUAAUUUCCUGUCUCAUUGCGAUUUAUUGUCAUAGAACACCAUCAAAGGAAAGUAAAGAAGGAAGCUCCAGGGGCUUUCCCCCAUUUUUCCGGCAUAUGAGACGGUCACCAGAACACAAGAUGCAGGAAGGCGGUUUCUGGAAGGGGCAGCCGCCCUGGCUGAGGGACCUGCUCAGACCUCGCAGCGCCGCCCGCGUGGGGAGCAUGGCCCGGGAGCUGCACGACCCGGAGCCGGCCGCUGAGGACGAACUGUUCUACAGAAUGUUGCGCGGAGAGUUCUCCGUGGUGAGGGUCGCUGCCACAGACCCUGCGGCCACCAGCCCAGCGAAUGAGCACAUGACCCUGCCGCCCAGCGAGCCCCCUCCUCAGCCUCCCUGA